GCAGCUCACACCGCUUUACGUUUGUUGCCCCGGAAGUGUUUGUCGUUACCAAACGAGGUCAAUAUGGCGGCUCGCUGCAUCUGAGGAGGUCGAAACGUGAGCCGGCUCUUGGCUUCAGGAACAUGUAUAAAACGGCAUGCAGCAGGCUGACAGGUUUGGUUGGUCUGAGUGUGAAGCAGAAAUUUCUCCAUAAUCCUCAUCGAUGUCACCAGACUGCUUGUAGCCUUAUUCAACUGCACGGCAGAGAUCCAUCGAACUGGCUGACAUAUCAGUACCUCAACUUCCUUAAACGCCAGUAUGUAACAAAGAACAAGAGUGAGCUUCACCAGCGUGCCAUCCCCAAACAGGCACCUACCCGGACCAUUGUAGAUGAAAGAGAAGAGACUGUUGAACAUCAGGUAGAACGAAUACCAACUCUGGAUGUUGGCGUCACCAAGGUUGAGGCAAAGCCUAAAUUAUCAAACUUGAAGUCCACCACAGAGGAUUUGGCAGCACAGAAAGGCUCUGUUUCCAGUACAGUGACUUCAGAUGAGACUCCUCAUGUCCAAGUGGAGACAAGUGAACAAAGGCAGGCACGUCUGGACAGACAGUGGAAGCAGCUCAAGGUUGAUGUGACUCACUUACCGGACAUCUAUGCCAGACUUGCCAAAAUCAGACUAACAGCGUUGGUGGUUACGACUGCAGCUGCUGGUUAUGCAGUGGCCCCGGUGCCCUUUGAUCCCGUCGUCUUUGUUGUGUCAUCUCUGGGAACAUGUCUUGCUUCUUGUUCUGCCAACUCCAUCAACCAGUACUUCGAGGUGCCUUUUGACUCCAACAUGAACCGGACCAAGAACCGUCCCCUGGUCCGAGGACAGAUCAGUCCCCUCCACGCCGUGACCUUCGCUCUGGCCUGUGGCGUUUCAGGGGUGGCUCUGCUCACGCUGGCAGUGAACCCCCUCACCGGCUUCUUGGGCGCCCUCAACAUCUUUCUCUACACCUGUUGCUACACACCUCUUAAAAGACUCAGCAUUGCCAACACCUGGGUGGGGGCGCUGGUGGGGGCCAUUCCUCCUGUCAUGGGCUGGACGGCUGCCACAGGUGCUCUGGAGCCAGGUGCUUUGUUGCUGGGUGGUUUCCUGUACAGCUGGCAGUUCCCCCACUUCAACGCCCUCAGCUGGAACUUGAGGGAGGACUACUCCCGCGGCGGCUACCGCAUGAUGUCCGUCACCCACCCCGGCAUGUGCAGGCGGGUGGCCCUGCGCCACAGCUUGGCCCUCGUCGGCCUGUCGGCCGUGGCCCCGGCGCUGGACGUGACCACCUGGACCUUCCCCAUCAUUUCUCUGCCCAUCAACCUGUACAUCAGCUACCUGGCCUUCCGCUUCCACCGCAGGGCCGACCGCGCCAGCUCCCGCAAGCUGUUCUUCUGCAGCCUGUGGCACCUGCCCAUGCUGCUGCUGCUGGCGCUCACCUGCAAGAAGCCCCGCGGCGACGAGGGCGCCGGCGCUGCAGCCCCCGCGCUGCUCAGCUGAGCAGGCACGACCUCACAGACUAUUACUGUAACCUCCAUGCUGUGCUUAAUUGGAGCGAGUGGUGCCGGCCACAGAUCAGGUUCUGAGCUGGAAAUGAUUUGGAUCAAAUUCACUGACUUUGACUCUUGACUUGAAUUGACUUUUUACAUCAGUUUCAUUCAUGUCAGUGUGAUUCACGUCUAUUUAUUUCUUGUCAAUCCCACCAUUUCCUGUUUGUGUCGCCUGGUUGUUGCUCCUGUGGAUCCACCGAUCAGAAGCUUUAUAUGUUGGACACAUUAUAAAUCCUGAAGCAGCUCCAGCAGUGAACUUGAUAUGUGGUGAUUGUUGUUUGACUCUCACUUGCUCUGUUUCUCGAUGCCUCCUGAGCCUCAGCAAAGACACUGAAGGCUGCUCGUUCAUUUAAAUAAUGCUUUAAUUCAACACUGUCCGUGUAGAAACUCAACAAACACGUCAUGACUGUAA